UAGCUUUUGUUGUAAUCUACAUUUAUCACUUCCAGAACUGUUACGAUCGGAGCCAUCUCAGGCAUAAUGUCGGGGUCAUCAAACCUUGUUGCGAUGAAGAAAGUUGUCCAGCAGUUGCGUUUUGAAGCGAGUAUUAACAGAGUGAAGGUAUCCCAGGCUGCUGCCGACCUUCAACAGUUUUGCAUGCAGAAUGCACUCCAUGAUCCCCUGCUCACCGGGGUGUCUUCAAGCACCAAUCCCUUUAGAACGCAGAAGCUCUGUUCCUUCUUGUGAGAACACGGAACGGGCCCUGCCAUUGGCUUUCUCUCUAUCGCUGUGACAAUUCUGCAGGGAUUAAAGAUAACCACUGCCAUAAUCUAACCAGCAAUGGCACAAAGCUGUACUACCAGGACUGCCUCAUUCCAUCACCAUAGCAAAAGGAUUUCUAAACGGAUCCUUACCGCUGACCUUUCACAGUUGAAGAGCAGAUACUCCCAAAUUUUAGAACAGAUUAAAAAAAAAAGUUUGACUUUAAUGUGAAUUUGGCCAAUUAUAUACACUAACACUUUAAAAAUGUUUGGAGAUCUGUUGGCAGAAAAACCCGUGCAUAUACUGUCACAGGGAGAGCUUGGUAAGAAAAGAUCUGCCUUUGUAAAUGGCCAGCAACACUCCAGUGUGAUGGACGAAGGACUUUUUCAUUUCCAAUGGCACAGUGGGGAAUUCAGUAAUUUAUUGUGCCUUUUUUUUAAACAUUGCUAUCAGUUUCUACCUUCUCUGCCUUAGGCUUUUUAUAA